UUUGUAAAUCAGGGCAAAGUUGCAACUAACGACUGCAUUUCCUUUCCAGUAAAAUGAAACUAGUAAUGUGAUUCUACAAGAGAAUACUGAGGAAGUUUUAAAACCAGUCAAGCAGAGUGAACAAAAAGCCAGACCAGUGCCUUCUGAUAGAUAAGAGCACCUGCUUUCUUUCCUGUCUUUCUGCUUGCCCCAGUCGUGUUGGUGAAUGCUUGGGGCUGGAACAUGGCAGGAACUGUCUGCACCAUGAAAGGUUUCAUGGCCCUGGCCAUCAUCUGGACCAUGGCAGCACAUGCUGAAACAGACAAGCCUCUCAGAGAGCCAGCUAAGACUGGAUUCCAAACAUGCAAGGAUGCCUUAAAACUACCUGUCUUGGAGGUCCUACCUGGAGGUGGCUGGGAUAAUCUGAGGAAUGUAGACAUGGGACGCGUGAUGGACUUGACAUACACCAACUGUAAGACGACAGAGGAUGGACAGUACAUCAUCCCUGAUGAAGUCUUUACCAUUCCUCAGAAAGAGAGCAAUCUGGACAUGAACUCAGAAAUCCUGGAUUCCUGGGUGAAUUACCAGAGCACCACCUCAUUUUCCAUCAACACAGAACUCUCCCUUUUCUCCAAAGUCAAUGGCAAGUUCUCUACUGAGUUCCAAAGGAUGAAGACCCUUCAAGUAAAGGACCAAGCUGUAACCACCAGGGUUCAGGUAAGAAACCUGGUCUACACAGUCAAAAACAGCCCAACUUCAGAACUGAGCUUGGGGUUUACGAAGGCACUUAUGGACAUCUGUGACCAGCUAGAGAAAAAUCAGACGAAGAUGGCCACCUACCUGGCAGAACUGUUGGUCCUUAACUAUGGCACACACGUAGUCACUAGUGUGGAUGCUGGGGCUGCACUGGUUCAGGAGGACCACAUAAGGUCCUCCUUCCUCCUGGACAAUCAGAACAGCCAGAACACAGUAACUGCCUCUGCUGGGAUUGCCUUCUUAAACAUCGUGAACUUCAAACUUGAGGCGGACUACACUUCCCAGAAUGCUUUGACCAAGAGCUAUCUUUCUAACAGAACCAACUCAAGGGUGCAGAGCAUGGGUGGGGUUCCAUUCUACCCAGGCAUCACCUUAGAAACCUGGCAGAAAGGCAUCAGUAACCACCUGGUGGCAAUAGACCGUGAAGGCUUGCCUCUGCAUUUCUUCAUCAAGCCUGACAAACUGCCUGGCUUGCCAGGUCCCUUGGUGAAGAAGUUGUCGAAGACAGUGGAAACUGCAGUGAGACACUAUUACACUUUUAACACUCACCCUGGCUGCACAAAUGUUGAUUCCCCCAAUUUCAAUUUUCAAGCCAAUAUGGAUGAUGGCUCCUGUGAUGAGAAAGUAACCAACUUCACCUUUGGUGGAGUUUACCAGGAAUGCACUGAACUGUCGGGAGAUGUUCUUUGCCAAAACCUGGAGCAGAAGAAUCUGCUCACUGGUGAUUUCUCCUGUCCCUCUGGCUACACCCCUGUCCAUUUGCUGUCUCAGAACCAUGAGGAGGGUUACAGUCGCCUGGAAUGCAAAAAGAAAUGCACCCUCAAAAUCUUCUGCAAGACAGUGUGUGAAGAUGUCUUCCGAGUGGCCAGGGCUGAAUUUAGGGCUUACUGGUGUGCAGCCACUGGCCAAGUACCUGAAAACUCAGGACUUCUCUUUGGGGGAGUCUUCACUGACAAGAGCAUCAACCCCAUGACAAAUGCACAGUCAUGCCCAGCCGGCUACAUUCCACUGAGCCUGUUUGAGAACCUCAAGGUAUGUGUUUCUCUGGAUUAUGAGUUGGGGUACAGGUUUUCAGUCCCCUUUGGUGGAUUCUUUAGCUGUAUAAUGGGGAACCCCCUGGUUGAUUCUAAUACAUCCAAAGAUAUAGGAGCACCAUCUCUGAAAAAGUGUCCUGGGGGCUUCAGCCAACACCUAGCCGUUAUCAGUGAUGGAUGCCAAGUGUCCUACUGUGUCAAGGCUGGAAUCUUUACAGGAGGGUCUCUGCUUCCUGUAAGGCUCCCACCUUAUACCAAACCACCCCUCGUGAGCCAAGCUGCCACCAACACCGUUAUAGUGACCAGUAGUGAGACUGCCAGAUCCUGGAUUAAAGACCCCCAGACCAACCAGUGGAAGCUAGGAGAGCCACUGGAGCUGCGGAGAGCCAUGACAGUCAUCCAUGGGGACAGCAGUGGUAUGUCAGGGGGAGAAGCUGCUGGAAUCACUUUGGCAGUCAUCAUGGCACUAGGGGUUGUCAUUGCCUUGGCCAUCUACAGUACCCGGAAGUACAAGAAGAAGGAAUACCAGGCAAUUGACGAGCGAGAGAGUUUGGUUGCAAGUUUAGCAACAGAUGCAUCAUCAGUCUCUAAUGAAGAACACGAUCCAAGUCCAGCUUAAUUGUCUCCAAGGGAAACAGUCUCUGUCAUAUCCAGCUUCAAGCACACUUUUCACUCAGUUUUCUCUUCCGCAUUCCAAAAUACUGAAGUGACAGCUGCAACAGAAAGCAGGUAUCACAGCUGUGGGACUUCUUGUCUGCACCAGGAAAUUAAAGGAGGUUUAGGGGAGGGGGUGAUCCAUUCAGAAAAAGCUGGACUGGGACCAAGGCAUGAAGGGGGUGCAUAUCCAUUCUCAGAACUGUCUUUACCUGAAUGCAUGUGUACGAAAAGGAAUGUGGAGACUGCAUUUGGAGAUUAGCAAUUUAGUCUGAAGUCAAAAGGCUUUCCAGUUUGUGAACGGAAGGGUUUCAUGCUCUAAGUACCUCAUUACUUCUAUUUUGUUCGUAAAGAAGCUCUCUGGGUUUCACAACCAAGAAGCAGACAUGACCCUGAAAUGCCACAGGAGGUCUACACAGCCACUACCCUUUAGCCUUAAGGACUCUGUGUUAAUUUACAGAUUUUCCUCUCCCAGAGUCAUCUCACAGGCAUGCUAGGGGCUUACACAAAUUCCAUUUUCUCCAACUGCCCCACAAUUAGGAUUUAGUCUAUAUCAGUCUUGGGCUUCUGAACAGUGUUAACAAGUCCUCAGAAAAUAUUUUAACUUACAGUUUUCUGUUAGGGGAUGAGUGAUGAAGAAACUGUAAUGAAACGAGUAAUAAAGCCUGGGGUUCUGGA